AUGUCUUCUGCUACAAUACUUUCUUUACUUCUCUUCACUUUCACAUUCACUUAUCUUUUAUUCAAACUUUUCUUUCAUCCAAAACAAGAACACAAGAAGCCACCAGGUCCAUCAACACUACCAAUCAUUGGAAACCUUCACAUGUUAGGCAAACUUCCACAUCGAAAACUUCAAUCACUCUCCAGAAAAUAUGGCCCAAUCAUGUACUUACAGCUUGGUCAAGUUCCAACUGUUGUCAUUUCAUCUUCAAAAGCUGCAGAAUUGUUCCUUAAAACUCACGACUUAGUUUUCGCAAGCCGACCAAAGAAUCAAGUAUCCGAGAUCUUGUGUUACGGUUCUAAAGAGUUAGCUUUCUCUGAAUACGGUCCUUAUUGGCGUAGUGUGAGAAAAUUCUGCACUUUGAAACUUCUUAGUGCUUCUAAAGUUGACAACUUUGCUCCUGUUAGAAAACAAGAGUUGGGUGUUUUGGUUAAAUCAUUGGAAAAAGCUGCUCUGGUGGGUGAGGUUGUAGAUGUUAGUGAUGUUGUAGAGAAUCUUAUUGAAAAUAUUAUGUAUAAAAUAAUUUUAGGUAGUAAUAAGUAUGAGCAAUUUGACUUGAAGAAGUUGGCUCAAGAAACAAUGACUUUGGUUGGAGCUUUUAAUUUGGCUGAUUAUGUCCCUUGGCUAGGCCCUUUUGAUCUUCAGGGAUUAACACGAGCAUGCAAGAAAACUAGUAAAGCACUUGAUGAAGCAUUAGAGAUGAUAAUAAGAGAGCAUGAACAAAUUACAAACAUAGAUAAAAGUCAUGAAGACUUCAUAGACACAUUUCUAUCAAUUAUGCACCAAACCAAUGAUCUAGAAAAUGAACAAAAUCAUGUAAAUGAUCGAACCACCAUCAAGGCAGUUUUACUAGACAUGUUUGCAGGAGGAAUUGAUACAUCUGCUACCGCAAUUGAAUGGACAUUAUCUGAACUUUUAAGAAAUUCAAGAGUGAUGAAAAACCUUCAAGAUGAGAUACAGAAUGAAGUUGGACUUAAUAAAAUGGUUGAAGAGAAAGAUUUGAAGAACUUAAGUUAUUUAGAUAUGGUGGUUGAUGAAAUAUUAAGACUUUAUCCUGUUGGACCUUUAAUAGUUCCUCGCGAAUGUAGAGAGAAUAUAAUAAUUGAUGGUUAUUUUAUAAAGAAAAAGACACGGAUUAUAGUAAAUGCAUGGGCAAUAGGGAGAGAUCACGAUGUUUGGUUACACAAUGCUGAAGAAUUUUAUCCCGAAAGAUUUAUUGAUAAGAAAAUGAAUUUCCAUGGCCAAGAGUUUGAAUGUAUACCAUUUGGUUCUGGCCGGAGACGUUGUCCUGGAAUUCAUAUGGGUUUGAUUACAGUAAAAUUGGUUAUAGCUCAGUUGGUGCAUUGUUUUAAUUGGAAACUUCCGUAUAAUAUUACUCCUUCCAAUUUGAACAUGGAAGAGAAGUUUGGACUCACGAUGCAUAGAGCUCAACACUUGCACGCAAUACCGAGUUUUCGUUUGGAAGGUGAUGACAAAUUUGAGUAA